AGCGUUUAAUACAAUUAUUAAUAUGUCACACGUCAUUGACUGUUAGCGUAUCGUUUUGUCAAUUUCAAUUGUCAAAAAAUAGUGGGCUAUAGUGGUGAUGGUUCGAUAAAAUAAUAAUACGGAAAAAUGUUUAUUUUCAAGUGUUUUUAAAAAAAAUUAGAUGGACAGUACCGUGGAAGAAGGUGAGAAGAUGAAGGCGAAGUCGUCUAAGCGAAUGGUGGGAAUGAUUAUAAGAUCUAGAAAAUCAAUUGCGAAGGAUGCCGUUGUGACGACUUCGGGAAUUGGUCAACCUAGCUUGUACCAUGCUUUGGUGGUUAUUUUUCUGGAGUUUUUCGCCUGGGGUCUCUUGACCAUGCCCCUCAUAUCAGUAUUAAAUGACACAUUUCCAGACCACACAUUCCUCAUGAACGGCCUGAUAAUGGGCAUUAAAGGCAUACUUUCAUUUUUAAGCGCUCCUUUAGUGGGAGCAUUAUCAGAUGUAUGUGGUCGCAAGUUAUUUUUGCUCAUCACUGUGUUUUUUACGUGUAUACCUAUACCUUUAAUGACUAUUAAUACUUUUUGGUUUUUUGCCAUGGUCAGUAUUUCCGGUGUAUUUGCAGUGACUUUUAGUGUUGUGUUUGCUUACGUGGCGGAUGUAACCGAUGAAAGAGAACGCUCAUUAGCUUAUGGCUUAGUUAGUGGUACCUUUGCUGCCAGUAUGGUCAUUUCGCCGGCUUUAGGCGCCUAUUUAAUGGAAAGGUGGUCUGUUUCACUGGUUGUUGCACUUGCUACAGCAGUAGCCAUUUUAGAUGUAUUCUUCAUUCUCGUAGCAGUUCCAGAAAGUUUGCCAGAAAAGGUUCGAGUUUCACCUAUCAGUUGGGAGCAAGCAGAUCCAUUUUCAGCUUUAAGGAAUGUAGGACAAGAUCCUACAAUUCUGUUACUGUGUAUCGCCGUGUUUCUGUCCUAUUUACCGGAAGCGGGACAAUAUAGUUGUAUUUUCAUGUACCUCAAAUUGGUGAUGGGCUGGAGCGACCCAAUGGUAGCUGUGUUCGUAGGAUUAGUGGGACUUAUGGCUGUUUUAGCUCAAAUUAGUUUAGGCAUUUUAAUAAAAAAUUUGGGGUCAAAACACACUAUCAUGUUGGGAUUAUUAUUUGAAAUGCUCCAACUACUGUGGUAUGGUUUCGGUACUACAACAUGGAUGAUGUGGGGCGCUGGUAUAUUGGCUUCGAUGAGUUCUAUAACGUAUCCUGCCAUAUCUGCAUUUGUGUCUGUUCAUAGUACACCAGAUCGCCAAGGAGUUGUUCAAGGUAUGGUUACUGGUAUGAGGGGCUUGUGUAAUGGAUUGGGUCCAGCAAUGUUUGGAGUUGUUUUUUAUAUGUUUCACGUUGAUCUAAAUGGAAAUACUAAUAAUUCAGAUACCACCCACUCCACUUCUGCUUUUGAAACUUAUUCGCAGCUUGUUCCUGGUCCACCAUUUGUCUUUGGAGCUUUUCUAGUCAUAUGCGCUCUGUUUGUUGCUUCAUUCAUUCCUACCAAAGCGCACGUUGAUUCGGGUAUCCCAUUGGACACUCACUACGAAAUCGAACGUGGUCAAAAAGUUGCUGGUACACUCAGCCCUCUUAUACCCAGCAGGAGCAUAGACGCAGCAAUAUUAUAAAUUUUAGGAUGUGUAUUCUUUAGAAAAAAAUAAAGUGACAAUUUAAGGAGAUGGAAGUGCACUUUACUAAAACUGCAGAGAUCCCAGAUCGACAUAUAUUUUGAAUAAUUGUAAAUAAAAGUAUGAACGGGUGAUAAAUAAGAUCUCUAAAAUGCUUUUAGAUAAGUGUACCCUCAUUUGUUAAUUCAUGGUUGUUGACAGAGUAUUUUAUUUUUUUUGAUGUUUUGGAUAUUUUGUUCAUUACGUUUUAAGUACAUAGUUAAGCUUAAUUGAUUUGAUAAUCAACUACUGAUUCUGAAAAUUAACAAAUUCUUAUCGCCUUACUACAAUAAGACAAAAAUAAAAACUCUUCAAUUUAUUAUUUUGUAUUUACCUGUUCUACUAUUCUUCUUACAAAUACUUUUUUAAUACAAAUCAAUAAGUGUAUCCUUUAUUAGUUAAACUGCCAUUAGUAAAGAUAUUUAAAGAAUAUCUAAUGCAUAUUUUUUCCAAAUACGUAUUGUCCUUUCAAAAAUCUUUACCGACAAUUAGUCGACAUUAAAAGUUACAGAUACCUCGGAAACAUUCAUCUCAUUUCGGAACAGAAUUUACAUUCCGUAGAAUCAUCUCAGUGUACUUAAUCCAACCUUAUGUUAUCGAUUUAUAAGGUAGCUCAAACUAAUCUAUGUAAUUUCCUAGGGAGGAAUCACCAUAUUAAAAAUAAUAAAAUACAAAAAUAUUGUUGUUCAUAUACCUAUUGAAAUAAUCAUUUUUUUAUCGUUAUUUUGAAGUAGAUUCGCUUAUAUUUGUGUGUGUAAGAAUACGUCAUGCAACAAUGAAUUUUGUUUUAACCCUACCCAUUGAAAAGUCAGUUUUGUAUGGUCUUAAUGAAAUAGUGUUCUUUCCCGGAAGCAUACGAGAUAUAUUGAACAAAAAAAGCUCAUAUGGUUUGAGUUAAUCGAAAAACUAUGCCUAUAGGGUGUUUAGCAUGAAAAUAUAGGGGAUAUAGAAUUAGAAAAAAAAACAUUAAGGUAUUUCAUUUAUUUAAAGAUCCGCAGUUUUGAUUAUAACUCGGAAGAAGAAACUUACUAUUAAUAUUUUCAUCAAAACACAUUAAUGGAUUAUUUUGAUACAAGAUAAACCAUACUACAAAAUCGAAAUAAAUGAUUUUAUUAAUUCAAAAUAGACAUCAAGCCACCUUCACCCUGACUAAUUAGACAAAAUACCUUUGAAAAUCAGGCCACCUUCACCACAAAUACAUAGAAUAUUUUUUUAUAAAAAAAAUACAGGAAACCAAUUUUAUUUUUCAUGGAAGAAAUCGUGCCUCUCUAAUUUCCUUUUAGUCACUACUGAUUUAUUUUCACUCUUCAACAUCAAACUAGUUUUUUCCAUGAACUUGAAUAAUAAAGGGUAGAUUUUAAAGUAUACAUGUAUAACAAAAAUGAUUCUCGUACUUUUUGUAUCUUUUACUAUCCAAAGAAUUUCAAAAGUUUAUCAAUGUUUUACAUUCCACCUUUCUAUUCUCCAUUUAAUUUAUUAUCAUUGGACAUUGAGUUCAAGAUUUUUUCUCUCUAAUAAAGCUCUCUAUGGCCUUCUUUAAUGUCUAAUGACCUUUCUUCACAAAGUAGUUGAGCAAUAUCACCUUCAACGGAUUCGCUUCCCACCACUGCAUAAUUUCUCAACAAUUUUAGAUUUUCCGACUUUUGACAAAUGCUGACGAAUCUCCUUCUCAUAAUCUAUGUGUGAUUUCCAGGAAGUUACAGUAGUCCGGCCUAUAAUGAGAUGUUUGAUUUUUCCAACACGGAUAUCUACAUAAUAUAUUUAUAAAGUAAACAGAUAACAAAUUAAUUUCUAAUUGUAAAUGCAUAAUUAAAUAUACUCCAUACAUUUUUAUGGAUCCACCAGCCUAUCGAUUCGUUAGGAGUAUUUGGAGGUGUAUCCUAAAGAUAUCAAACAUAUAUUCUACAAUGGAGUAAUAUUCAAGACUAAUCUAUAUUUUACCUUUUGAGUCACUACUCUUACAAAUAUAAGGCUUUUCCUCAUAAUUACUAUAUCUAUUUGUCCUGGAAGCUGCAUAGGUAGUCUCAAUUUUUUGUUCUUCUAACCACCAUUCAUAAUCUUAUUGCUCCUGGCUAGCAAAAGCAUAAGUUUGUUUUUGCAAUUUUAUGUUGUUUAUUGCCUUCAAAUUUAAUUCCAGCUGAUUUUAUGUUCCACAUACUAACACAAUGGGUAAAUAAUAUAACUGACAUCCUGUUGGUUAUGAAUAUUUCUUAUUCUUAUACUACACUUCAAGUUCAGGAAAGCUUGUGCUUUCAUAAUACUAAAAAUCUUAUAAAAUAACUAGUUGAGGAAAUUAAUAAAAUAACAAAACAAAAAAGUUACUUAUUAUCUCGAAACUAUUAAGAACUUCAAUUAGGAUUUUUUAAAUUCACACUGAGGUUAUGUUGAUAUCAAGUUUACUCAAAUCUUUGUUUAUGUUCGCAAAUUUGGCCGAGAUGUAGAGACUGUUUCCGAGGUAUCUGUUACUUUUAGUGCAGCCUAUUAUCUUUACCUUUAAAUUGACACGAAGUUUGCAAAUUCUUCGAUUUCUGAAGAUAUAAAAAAGUUAAUUUCCAGGUGGUGAUUAAUUUGGUCACAAAAUUGAUAUUUUUGUCGGUUUUUCAUCUAUUCAGGCAUAUGAUAUAUUUUGUCAAGAACUUUCCUCUUUUUUGUAUAGUUGGUGUGCCUGGAUUGGAUGGAGUAGGACUUGCAUGCCCAGAAACUGGUGUUCCAUCUCUACUGUGAUUUACAGGACGUCCUCUUUUUCGUGCAAUUACAGUUUUACCCGAUUUGCGUAAGUGUUCUAAAACAGCUUGCUUGAAAUCAAAUAGAGAUAUGUAACGUCUGAAUUUUUACUGCGCCAAAGAAUCCAAGCAUUCCCAAUACACAUGUCUACCAUAUGAAAAAAUAUUCGUGUAUACAAUUUCUUGGAUCUCAAAUGAAUUCUAUACAAACCAAACAUAGAGUCCAAUAAAUCAAGGUGACUCCCAUAUUCCGGGUGUAUACUUCAACUGCUUGAGGACAAUUAAUGUUUUUGUAUAGUUUUUACUAUCAAACCAAGUAACGGCUUCUUUGUCAAUGGUAACAAAUUUUUAAAUAAAAAAUCCACGUUCUUGUUUUUUCCCCUUUUCUGGCAGCAUAUACAUAUUAGGAACUCUGUUCAGGCGUACUGUACCUAGAGGCAAAAGUCCGAUCUUCGUAAGAUGUUCCUGAAGCUUAGAGCUGUUGAACCAAUUAUCAAAAAAGAUGUAAUAGUACUAUUUCAGUAAGACGAGUCACAACACCCAAGUGUUGGUGCACCUUCAGGUCGUGUAUUACUUCGAUCACCAGCAAAAAUAUCAAAAUAUUUUUGUAGGGAUUAUCUAUUCAUCAACUGCCAGAUAUUCCCCUUUGGGUACUAGUAAAAGUUGCUGCCUAAUGCCAUCUUAAAGUGGUCGCCCUUUGAAUAACUUAUCAUGACCUAGACUGCCCAACGGGAUAUAAUUAUUGUCAUUGGAGUAUAUUUUUUUUAUUAUUUCAAAUCUAAUGCUCUAUUUCUUGUUUGGUUAUGUUAGCGGGUUUGUUUAUGUUAUCUUAUACGGAUUUCAAAUUAGAUUGAUUUGUUAUAUUUUAUAUCAGAUCCUCAGAAAAUAAAAACCAGAAAAAAUCUGCCGGUGUUUCAAGUUUUUCAAUAAACGCCGAUAACGGCGUGGUUCUAAUAAAUUUAAAAUUAUUUCCAUCAAAAACCUUUAAUUUUUUAGAUUCUCCUUUUAUUUUAGUAGGCCUUUGCUUUUUUCUCUGUGACUUUUUUUGUGAUUAGAUUAAUGAGGUGCAGAGGGGAACCUUCAAAAGGUACUCGCCUGGAUGAACCUUCUACCUGCCAGGCGAGUUAUGUGGGAUUCUUACCGCACUAAACCUUCCCUAACACCUCUAACCCUGCUCCUGGAACGGUGGUUCCCCGGCGGCACAAUGGAACAAAAUGUUACAAAUCAAUCUUCAUCAAUUUAUAAUAACCUCGUAAUAUGGAAAUUGAUUUGCUCAUUAGGAAAAUAAAUAAUAAAUUCAAUUAACUUGAAAUUCUUAUCGAGGAUAUUACAGAACAUACCAUUUCAGGACUUAUGCUACCCGCAAUAAAUGUGUAUUAAAUGUGAAACAAUAUCACAAAAUUUUAACUAGAUUGAAUUGAAUACUUUAUUUAUUAUAAUUAUUUUUUUCAAUCAUUCAAUCAUUUACAUGCAUUUCAGUAGUUUUGUAUCUUUUAAUUUAUAUUAGAAUUUUAGUGGUUUAUGUACCCUACUUAUAUUUUGUAAUGAAUUCUUUUUAUUUGUGUUAAAAACUUGUAUACUUUGAUAAAUAAAAUAAUUAUACAGCAAUAAUAAGUUUAAUAAUAACAACCAAAGACUGCAUUAUUUUCUCAUAAUCAUUGAAAAAUAGUUGGUUUGAUAAACAAUACAACUCACAUAUGUCAACAAGAAUCUGUUUGUUUUAUUGAAACCUACUUCCAUAAUAUAUUGUCCUCAAACCCAUAUUUCUAUUAGGAGUUAAUUUGAGGUACAAAUGGAUAGAAUAUAGGUUCAAGUGUAUAUUUAUUUUAAUUGAAUUUUGUAUAGGAUAAUUUCGUCUUAAUAUUUUAUUGCUACUUUAUUUUUUCGCCAGUAUGUAUGUAUGUAUAUUAGGACAUCAUGUACACCGCGAAACGAUUCCAUUAUGUCCCCCUUUUCUUGCUGCGAUACUGGGAACCCAGUAUUUAUAGCUGAUCUGUCAGAAAGUUCGGAAUGACGGAUGGCUGUAGCUACCAGAGAUCUUCAUAUUUUAUUUUUAUAGUUUUUGUAAGAAUCUGCAAACUGCAUUAUUUGCUAAGUCGAGCGUCUUUAGGUGUCCAUUAAGGCGCAGUGUCUCGAUAAGACUCCUCUUAGUAUUUGUGGGUUGUUCUUACUUAGGCAGAUACACUUAGCAGAUCUUCUGUGGUUAUAGUAUCCAAGUAAUAGUCUUUCCCCGUCUGAGCCCAUGUAUUUUAUUUUCCAAUGCUUUUUGUAUUGUUUAAUAGCUAAUACCACAGAAGGGUUUCACCAGUAUUAUGUAGUCUAGUAUUUAGUGCUUUUAGCAAUAUUUAUCACUUUUGUGCAAGCCAAUUACUUCGAUGAUGGUACGGAGAACAUAUUGAAAAGGUGGUAUCUUUAAACAAAUUUGUAUAAAUGAUUCGAUAUAUAAUAUUAAUUAUAUCCUAGUAUUAUCUAUUGAUUUCGUAUGUAUUAUAAUACAUGCUUGGAUUUUUUUUAGUAUAUUUUUCUUCAACAUUGAAUUCAUGACCAUUUCAAGUUCUUUCAUAGUCUAUUAAUAUUCUAGACUCAUAAUAAUCAUUCCUUCUAUCUUAUUUUCUCAGUUUCCUUUCUCUUUUUUCAAUUAUUUUGUAACAAUUGGAUUUAAUAUUUUUGGAAAUCAUUAAGUACCUUCAAUGCUUUUCUGUUCUAGUGAAAAGCAUGAUCUAACAUUCGAUCCCGUAUUAUUAGUUCAGUUUUUAUAAUUUUAUGAUUUUGAUUUCCCUAUGUGUUUAACAAAGUUUGUUAUUUAUUGUUACAAAAAUUAUUCUACAUUCUCUUUUCUCGUCUUACUAUUUUCAUUUAUCACUACGUCAACAUUCAUAUUUGGUUUCUGUUUAAAACAUCACAAUUGAUUCCAUUUAUUUGAUAAUCAUAUUAUAUAUACAGCGGGCGUCUCACAGCUUUCUUUGCCGCAUGUCGUACGCCACACUUUUCUAUCUAUCCACUCGUUUUCCUGGAUAGUUCUGUCUCUCAUAUUUUAUUCAAUUCCUUUCGUCUAGAUCCUUGAGUGUCUUCCUCGUCUCCUUCUAUUCUGCUGUUAAUAAAUCAAUGCUUUCUUCGGCCACCUGCUCUGCUCCAUCCGUACCAGAGCAGUUACUCAGUCUGUAUUCUUUCUGAAGUCGUGUAUACUCGACCUGUUCUUCGUCGUAUAUGUUCAUUCUGUAUAUGCUUUGUCUGGAUAUUCUGCAGGAUCUUCUUAAGUAGUCCAUUUUAUAGCCUCUAUAUAUUUUCUCCUGUCUAUCUGUUAGUUGCUAGCACUCAUAUCCAUACGUUAAAAUAGGUUCCGCUAUGACUUUGUAUAUUGUGAUUUUUGUGUUUAGGAUAAUUUUUUCUGACCACAGCAAUGAGCUUAGAAUUUCCGUAGCUUUUUACUCUCGUUGCACCCUAUUUCUCAUAUCGUCUUUUGUUGUCCCAUCUUCCGUAAUUAUGCUUGCAAUUUUAUUUAUCGUUAAUAUCUGAAUGAGAAAAUGCCCUGUUUGUUAUCUAAAUAGGUGUAAUCGGUUCCGUGUUGAUAUGUUAUGAGUUCAGUGGAUUACAUAACCAAACAUUAUUAUUAUUAGAAGUUCUCAUCAAAGAGAUUGGACUAAAACUUUGUAAUUUCCUCCUGCUUAUAAUAAAUACAAGUUAAUAUAAGAAAAUUUAAUAUUUAUUUCCCUAUAACAUGAUACUGUUGUGUUUAUAUGAAUAUGAAUAAUCUAUAGAGAUAGAUAUAACUGUUGUUUUUGAAUUUUACAAUUGAGGAAGAUUUGUAUAUAUAUACUGGUUAUAUGAUGGAAAAUUCCAUUAAUUCAAAUAUUUAUUUUCUAAUAAGUGAAGUACAAAAUUUUAUAUGAUCAAAAUCUUUGCUAAUUUUCUGAAACAGUAGUAACAUUUAAUAAAGGUCAAUUUAAAAGAGUGAUCGUGCACAUAUUCUUCUAAAACAUCUCACUAGCUGUCUUUCCAUUAUUACUUUUAUGUAAGUGUACAAAGUUAGUUUUAAGAUAAAAUAUUUCGAAAUCAUCUGCAGCCACAUUUCUAAUUUGAUUUUUGUAUCGCUGGAUUUUUAAAUACUAGAUUUAUAGAGUUAUAGAUGCGCUUUGCUUGGUUAUAAAUCAUGUGUUCAAUUUGGCUAUCAACAAUAAAAAUAAGCAAUUUUGAGAAUCUAUAAAUUUGAGAGUCCAGCUGUACUUGAAAAUGGAUUCAAUAAAUUUUAUUUUGGCAGUUAUAAUAAUAAAGCUUAUUAAAUAGGCUCAACGUAUACAAAAAAGUGUUAAAAACAACUUCGAGGUAAUCAUCAUUUUAUCGCAGAAGAUAUUGGCUCAUUUUCUAAAAUAUCUUGGUCAUCCUGAUCCUUCUCCCAAUCCUAUUCUGCCUUUGAAUUAUGGCAUUUCACCUUUAACUAUAUAAAAUAUAUAAGUAAAAAUUGUACUUCGAUUUUUUUGUAUUGGCACAAUAGGGUAUUUACAAAAAAUUAAUAUAUUUUUUUAAAAUUUCAUUUAUUGAAUUUGUUUAUUUGGAAUUUAUUAUAGCCAAAAUAAAAAUUUUCUAUCAACUGAUUGUAUCAAUAAAUUAAAUUGAAAAUUUGAAUAUUUUCAUGACAAAGACGACUGAGUAGCUAUCCAGUUCUUUUUUUAUUUGUUAGAAAUCAAAAAGACAAAUGUGACAAUCUACCCCAGUUUAGGGUUGGGUAUCACAAUAUCUGGGGUUGGUAGUCACAUGUAUUUUUAAUGAUAAAUAAGUUUCAAAAUCUUAUUUUGAAAAAUAUAUAUUUAAACAAAAUAUCGAACACAGGUUUCAAAAAAACAACUUAAUCUCUCUUUAAAACUAGUCUGUAGUCGCUGUCGCAGUGGUGGCAAACAUAAAUUGCUUGUUCGUCAGUGCAAGAUAAAUGUGACCAACCAUUGCAGGAUCUGCAACUUAUACAUUCUUCAUCUGGGAGGCUAUUGGCAAAGGGUUUCAUAAAAAUCAAACAAAAUAUUCCUCAUUGUUACUUUCAGUAUCUGUUGAAUGAGCAACGUAAACUUCGGCCUUCUUUUUUGUGCUUUUUUUUUCUUCGUAAAAACUCUUUUUUACUGCUCUAUUUUCUUCGUUUCUCUUAUCAUUUCCACGUUUGUUGUUUUCAUCUUCUAAUUUAUUUUUAACUGGUAUCAGGAUACGGUCUUAGAUAUUCUGGUGUUAUGAUCUUCUUGACAGGUUGUUUUUUGCAUAACCAAAGCUGGGAGUUUGAAUAUCAGUGAGUGUUUUCGUAUAUUCUUCCGGAAACAAACCAGCAGACUUCAAAACUGUUGCUCUAUUGAUAUUUUCUGAUUCAUUCGUGUAAACCACGCUUCGGGUUUCUUUUUCGUUUAGGACAAUUGAAUCUAGUCUGGUGUUUUCAUCAUGAAUUUUCACACACAGAUCUUGAUAAGAUCUAUCGAACAAAGUUAUCCACGGUUUGAUACCUGUUAGCCUUCCUGAGAUAAUGUCCACUUCCGGUAUCUCCGGAAGUAAAUGUUUCUCCAUAAAAUAGUACCAUACUUGUGCCAAAGCACCUACCUUUGUAGUGAAUGUGUGACAAUAAAUACAACCGGUUUUCUGUUUGGUUGGACAAGAGACAAUGAAUUUAAAUGUAUUAAAAUUUUCUUUAUUUUAUUUCUACUACAUAAAAUUUGUCUCAAAAGUAGUAAAAUUGACGUGUCGUUUGAGUAUGUACCUUGCGGGUAAAUUACUUUUUUAGAACUUCAAAGUCCACUGGCACACAAAAAUGUUUUUGCUAUACUUUUACAAUUUGGUAUAAAACACUUUUAAAGUCAUUUUAAUAUGAUUCUGAUUCAGCUUACUUGUUUUGUACGAUUUAUACAGUUUAUAGCAUUGGGGACGUAAGGAGUUUCGGAGCUGAUCAAGAAUUUUUGCUUAAAAUGCACAGAAUGUAUUUUUUUUUUCUAAAAAUACUGAAAAAAAAUUCGCUGCAGAAAUCAGGUAUCCUCUAAAACAUUUUUGAAAAUUUUGUGUAUACCCUAAUCAACUAUUAAAAAAAACAUGAAUGAGGAGGUAUCAAGAGCCAAAACUGAACAAUUCAUAUUCUAAUUUAUAAUUCAUUUAUUUCUCUAAUAAAGUUUCACUUUUAGAUUGAUAUUUGUAUGUAUCAACACACAUAUAAAACUGCUAAAAUAAAAUUAUUGGGUACCUAAAAUUUUUAUGAUGGCAUUUCAUAUAUAUGGGGAGCAUAUAUGUAAUACUCUUAUAUCGACAGUUGGUAUGGGAAAAGUUAUAGUGCCGACUAUAUUCAUUUUCUCUCUCGUUCGAGACAUUUUAUCUAUACUGCGCAUGCUUCAUGCGUGCAAAAGAUGCGCAGAACUAACUGAAGCGCUCGGAGGAGAGAGAGACCGGUACACUAUUUGUUUCACUUAUUCGGAAGUAUUACAUAUGAUGGGGGAGAGUAGUUGGAAUUGUUACUUAAUUUAUUUUUGUUUUUUAGUUUCAAAUCAUCUUAAAAGGGGCUUAUGGAUUUCUAAAUAUAAACAAAUUUUCAUUCAAGACUUUUUACUUAUAUUUAUUUUAGGUAUAUUUUUUCAAUUUAAUUUGAAGAAUAUAUUUGAAAAAUAAACCCAAAGUAUUUUAGCUGUUUAGUAAAAACUAUAUGUAAGAUAUAAAAAAUAAAUUGUUUUAAGUAAAA